AUGAAGUACUCUUCUGUGGAUGAAUUCAUAAAGAAACGCGUUUUAACGCGUGACCCACACCAGCCUGAAUUUGUUCAAGCAGUCCGAGAAGUGUUAACAUCACUUUGGCCUUUUUUGCAAAAGCAUCCAGAAUAUUGUGAAGACUCUAUUUUGGAGCGACUUGUGGAACCUGAACGUGUUGUCCAGUUUCGUGUGUCAUGGGUUGACGACAAGGGUGAGGUACAGGUGAAUCGAGCAUGGCGUGUCCAAUUUAAUUCCAGCAUUGGUCCAUACAAGGGAGGUAUGCGCUUUCAUCCCACCGUCAACUUAUCCAUUUUAAAGUUCCUUGGCUUUGAGCAGACUUUCAAGAAUGCACUAACGACGCUCCCAAUGGGUGGAGGUAAGGGUGGCUCAGACUUUGACCCCAAAGGCAAGAGUGACCGCGAGGUCAUGCGCUUUUGCCAAGCACUGGUGACGGAACUCUACCGCCAUAUUGGCCCUGACACUGAUGUUCCUGCUGGUGACAUUGGUGUCGGUGGUCGUGAAGUUGGCUUCAUGGCAGGCAUGGCGCAGAAACUCACAAACAACAAGGCUUGCACCUUUACUGGUAAGGGUAUUGCUUUCCAAGGAAGUCAAAUGCGGCCUGAAGCUACCGGGUACGGUCUCGUAUACUUUGUGGAAGCCAUGCUUAAGACGAAAAAUCAGGAUUUGAAGGGUAAAACUGUCCUGGUCUCAGGAUCAGGUAAUGUUGCACAGUAUGCCGUUGAAAAAUGUAUGCAGCUUGGUGCAAAGGUAAUCAGCGUGUCUGAUUCACACGGUUGCAUUCAUGACCCUUCAGGUUUUACUCCUGAUAAACUGGAGAAGCUGAUGGAACUCAAAAACGUGAAACGUGGUACUUUGGAAGAACUCGGAAAGCAACUUGGGCUUCAGUAUGAGGCAGGAAAGCGUCCUUGGCAUAUUAAGGCUGACAUUGCUCUUCCCUGCGCGACGCAGAAUGAAUUGGAACUCGAGGACGCGAAGAACCUCAUCAAAAAUGGUGUAACUCUCGUCGCAGAGGGCGCAAACAUGCCAACAACAGAAGAGGCCACCAUGGAAUUAAUCAAAGCUGGAGUUAUGUUUGCUCCUGGAAAGGCCGCCAACGCCGGUGGUGUUGCUAUCUCUGGUCUUGAAAUGUCGCAGAACGCAGCCCGUUUGAGCUGGACAGCCGAAGAGGUGGACCAGAGACUCCAUGAUAUAAUGAAUUCCAUUCACAGUGCAUGUGUUGAACACGGUUCUGAAGGUGGUGUGGUUAACUAUGUAAACGGGGCCAAUAUUGCUGGAUUUGUAAAGGUCGCAGAGGCAAUGAAAGGCCUUGGCAUUGUAUAA